AUGCCACCCUUCGGCAUCAACCUCGCCAACAAAUCCAAAGCCACAGGCGCCGCCGGCCCCACGCGCCCCCCAGGGACGCAACCCACCAACAAACGCAAGAAACCCAUCUUCGCCGACUCCGACUCCGAAGACGACACCAACCUCUCCAAAUCCCACUCAGGCAGCACCCAAGAUAACAUCACCGAGAUCACGACCCUCGGCGGACUAGACGAUGACCCCACGACGUCCCCUUCCCCCGCCAAAACCAACCCACCCCCCGCGAAACGCAGACCCAUACCACUCAGCGCGGACACCAAACCCCCCGCCACCGUCAAACCCCUCUCCAAAACCUCCAUCUUCGCCAACGACUCCGACUCCGAGUCUACUCCCCCCCAAGAAACAACCACAUACGGCUUAAACCCCCCUUCCAAAACCAAGCAGCAGCCGCGCAAUGACCAGAAAGAAUACACCAACCUCUCCGCCCUGCACAGCAGCCGCCAACACCAAACGAGCGCCCAAUCCCUCGACCCCUCCAUCUACUCCUACGACAGCAUCUACGACACCCUGCACGCCAAACCCGCCCCGAAACCCGCGGCGUCCUCUUCGAAUGAUCCCGCAGCCCCGGAAGUCCCGAAAUACAUGACCGCUCUGCUCCGCAGCGCGGAGAUCCGGAAACGGGAUCAGCUGCGCGCGCGCGACCGGCAGCUGGCGAAGGAGCGCGAGGCUGAGGGCGAGGAGUUUGCCGAUAAGGAGAAGUUCGUGACGGCGGCGUAUAAGGCGCAGCAGGCGGAGUUAAGGCGGAUUGAGGAGGAGGAGAAGGCGCGGGAGGCGAAGGAGGAGGAGGAGCGACGCAAGAAUGGGGGGAAGGGAAUGGUGGGGUUCUAUCGGGAGAUGUUGGCGCGCGGGGAGGAGCAGCAUGCGGCUGUGGUGAAGGCGGCGGAGGAGGCGGCGGCGGCGGCGAAGCAGAAGCCACAGGGCGAUGGUGGUGUGGAGGCAGACGCCGGGGAGGGUGAGGUUCCAGGGAAGACGGAGAAGUCUGAGGCGCAGUUGGCGGCCGAGUUGAAUGCGAAGGGUGCGCAUAUUGCAGUCAAUGAUGAUGGACAGGUGGUUGAUAAGCGGCAGUUGUUGUCCGCGGGGUUGAAUGUCGCGCCGAAGCCCAAGCAGCCCCCGCCGUCUGCUAGUGCGGCGGGCGCCAGGGCGGGAGGCUUGGCCUCGUCGGCGUCGAGGUUCGGGGCGAAUAGAGGCGCGGAUCGCGGUGCGCAGCGCGCCAGACAGACGGAGAUGAUCGCGGCGCAGUUGGAGGAGCGCGCGCGACAGGAGCAGGAGGCCGAGGCGGCGCGCCAAAAAGAGAUCGCCGAACGCAGUCGGAGCCAGAAGACUCAGGGCGAUGUCUCAAGUGCGCGCGAGAGAUACCUGGCCAGAAAGAAGGAACGGGAGGCAGCGGCC